AUGACAUGGGUGGUAUUGCUUUUUCUUGUAGCAGUAAGUAAUGGUAUCGAACUCUAUAAGGGCGAAGAAGGCGAAUGCAAUAUUGAUAGACAUUUGAUCCCUCGGCCUCAUAGUGUUUCCAUUUUAGAAUUUGGUGCUGUUGCCGAUGGGAAAACGGUCAAUACCGUUGCCUUUCAAAAUGCAAUCUUUUAUCUCAAAUCUUUCACCGAUAAGGGUGGUGCUCAAUUAUAUGUACCCUCCGGGAAAUGGCUCACCGGAAGUUUCAACCUUACUAGCCAUCUCACACUCUUUCUUGAAAAAGAUGCCGUCAUUCUUGGAUCCGAGGAUAUCGACCAUUGGAAGGUCAUUGACCCCUUACCGUCUUAUGGUCGAGGUAUUGAUCUCCCCGGUCAAAGAUAUCGUAGUUUGAUCACCGGAGAAAAUCUUAGCGAUGUUGUCAUUACAGGCGAUAACGGAACCAUCGAUGGACAGGGUUUUGUAUGGUGGGAUAGUUUUGAUUCUAAUAAUUUGACUCACAGUCGCCCUCAUAUUGUCGAGUUUAUCAAUUCUAAGGAUAUCGUUAUCUCGAAUAUAACCUUUUUAAAUCCCCCGGCAUGGACUAUUCAUCCCGCAUAUUGCAGUAACGUUCUUGUUCAAAAUAUAACGGCCUUGUCUCCGGCUGAAUCACCUUACACAAGCGGCAUAGUCCCGGAUUCUUGUGAUAGCGUUUGCAUCGAGAAUAGCAACAUUACUUCGGGUCAUGAUGCAAUAUCGCUAAAGAGUGGUUGGGACGAGUAUGGAAUCACGUAUGGAAGGCCAACUACGAAUGUGCACAUUAAAGGGGUUUGUCUUCAGUCUUUUACAGGCUCGGGUUUGGCUCUGGGGAGCGAGAUGUCGGGUGGCAUCUCGGAAGUACUUGUGGAAAACGUAAAAUUACGUGAUUCAAUCACCGGAAUUGCGUUUCUGACAUCAAAAGGCCGAGGCGGGUAUAUCAAAGACGUUGUGGUGACAGAUAUCGACUUCCUAAACAUUAUUCUGGCGAUUAAAUUAACAGGUGACUGUACUUCACACCCUGAUGAUAAAUACGAUCCUGAAGCAUUGCCGAUCGUGAAUGGCAUCACUUUUAACAACAUGGUCGGGAUGAAUAUCACAACCGCCGGAAACUUUUCUGGAAUUCUUGAAUCUCCUUUUACCGGAAUCUGCCUUUCGAAUAUCUCCUUUACCCUGAACCCUGAACCUUCGUCUUCCUCCCAGCCGUGGGUGUGCUCUAACGUAUCGGGUUUUUCCGAAAACGUGUCCCCCAUACCGUGUUUUGAACUUUCGAAUUCUUCUGCAGUUUGCUCUACCCUAUCAUCGUCACAUAAACUUGUUGCUGUUCUAUGAUAUAAUAAUGAACAUUCAAACCCAUAUCAUUUGUUGGUAGAACAACGAGGAUCGUGGUCUACUCAAGAUUCGUAUUUUGAAGUCGGAUGAGAGAAAGUUUGUUCGAUUUAUAGAAGCUCGGGGGCAUCGAAGAAGUAGCGAAUGAAAAUGAAUUCUUUGGGAGCAAAAAGCAAAGGAAGGUCUGGUUUGUGUACAGCCUUGUUUCGUUGAUUUCUUUCUUUCUAUGUGUAAGAAAAGUUUUGUAGGGGGCUGGCUUUCUUAUACGUUUCUUGAUUCAUCAUGUUAUUCUUGCUUUGUUAUUUUUUCUUAUUUUUAUUUUUAUUUCAAUUUCUCGACUGUAAAUUUUCAUUAUUGGGGUUUCGAAUCGAAGAUUGU